AUGAAUGGCGUCCGUCUUGCGGUAUGCUUACUCUACUAUUUUGUGUCCGCAAUUACCUUUCGAUCCCUUCUGGUCAUCAGUAGAAAAAUUCUGCCUUUCUUCAGGUUGGAGUUCUUUUACCCUGUACUGAAUGCCAUUUUUCUUCCGAUGUCGGGCCUGAUGGAUUUUCCUCACGGCCUCUGAAGCUCCUGCGUCUGUUGAGACGGUCCUCGUUGUCUUAGUGCCAAGACACUGUUAGUUUAGUUCGCUGCAGUUUCUGUUUUUGACGUUGGUACUGUUUUUCAGGGCAUGGUUCUUCUGUAAACAUCCGUGAUUUCAGUUUAGCAUACUCGGUCAGGCUAGAUCCAUAGUAGCACCCCCAUACUGAGCCGACAGCGACUCGCUUUGAAAACGUCGCGAUAGGUAUGACCAAUUAAUAGCGGAUCUUUUAUAUUUUGCAAAAAUACUACAUAGCCUGCCUUUGUUAGCUUCACGAGCCACACAGGCCGUCUUUCGUUUUCUUGCCCAUAGUGUGCAACCUUCCAUGUGACUUUAGGUUGCUUUUCACUAGCCAGGCCAGCUGUUUGCGCAUGACACGGCUGAUCUUCCGUUGGUUGUACAGCUUCAUCACCUUAAGUGUCAAUCCCACUGGUCGUGUAAGUCUCCAAGAUCAGUAAUCGACAUGCUGUAUUACCUUGGUUCAGAGCUGGCCUGCGUGCAGGCGGUGUAUCAACCGAGUCAUUUUCGGACACAUCGGAGUCCACCGCUUCUUAAGCAGUAUGUGAUGUGAUUCGGUAAAAUCAAUCAUGGGCGACAACGGAGGAUCAUCGAGCGACCAUACGAGAUCGAGGGAGGAUUUCUGGUGUUUCUGCCAGACUUCCGUCUGCCGUCCUGAUUAUCACCGACUGGUUACGGUCUCCCUAGUCAUUGUCGGUAAUAGCAUACUGCCUGUAUCAUGCGCCGCUUUGCAGCUGUUGGUUGGGCUCGAGAGAGAGCCCUUAAGGCACAACGGAACGAGUGAGCUCCGUAUGAACGAUCGGUGAGCGCCCCCUACCAUUGUAUAUUUCCGAUAGAAAACCGACAGGGCAACGGGCUCGUGGCCCAGUGAGUAGAGGCGUGGACCUCAAACUAGCAGGUCGCGAGUUCGAGGCUCGGGUAUUCCACACUUCGGGCUUAGGUGUGACUUGGCUGACGACGGCUAAUAAGCCAGAAAUGGCCAUUCCAGUCUCCCUUGUCUUUGUCGGUAAUACCAUUCUGCCUACAUAAGACACUGUUUGCGAACGAUGCCCACGGGCUCUUGCCUACACUGUCGCUUGGAUCCAAAUCCAGUAAACAGUUAGAUGACAACUCCGUGUCGGAGUGCGCGAUAAAAUAUACAUCGAGGGUCUGUAAAGAUAGCGCAGUUCAGGUGACCAACCACGUUUGCGCAAUCUACCGCAAUAAGUCGCGGUAAGAGUACAUCCAGUCCGCUAUAGAGUGCUACUAGGGAUAUAUGAAGCCUGACAACGUAUGUCGUGCAUUCGAAGUUAGCCGCUACUCCCGGCCAGUGACCCGUCUAUAUCCAGUUGGGAUUUCUACCAAGGUGGAAUGUCUGUUUCUCAUCAAGCUUUCACCCUCGAUCACAGUGAGCAGCAGUUGUUCAGUUCCAGCUUCCAUCUCUUCAGCUGCCGCAGGGCAGGGGAUGACCCGACGACAUUUGGGUUAAACGUCCCAUAAAACUAGGUUAUGUCUUAACUUGAGGCCUCGUAAAUAGUAUAGUUAUUGUUGAUUUUUAAUCCAAUCAACCUAUAAACUUAACCUGGUUUAGAAUGUGCGGCUUGUUAAGUACCGUAUUGCUUAACUCUUCCUCUACACUGCGCUAUACCAGUCAAUCAGUUGUGUUUUCUCCCCUCUUUGUUUUUAUAUGAAUUUUCCCCCACCAAGCAGCGUAAGGUUUAUUUCUCAAAUCAUGUGAAUACCUUUCGCUCAGGGGUAUUAUUCCGAGUACUUAGCGCCAUUUCGUUUGGCUCCCGACCCGUCGCGACCAUCUACUUUUAUGCCAAAAUUGCCAGAGGGAAGUAUCUAACCGGUGGUGUAGCCAUCGUUUCUCUUCAAUUCGCGAGGCCACUGUUUCUGCCCUUCGUUGGGUACUUUUUUGGCUUUCUGACAGUAAGUUUGCUCGUUCUGACGGAACCAAAACAUGCGUUGUGUUCCUUUAUGGGCUUAACUUUGUCCGCUUCAUCCUUUUGCUUAUGUACUUGGUUUUCUAGAACAUGACUAACAAUCCUGUCUUUCCAGGCUUUUCAAUUUCUUCGGGGAUCGCCAGGCCUUCUUACGAGGCCGGUCACCACCGUAAUUUCUCCGGAAAUUCAGAAAUACCAUCCUCACGUUGGUAACCGAGAGGUCGUUGGCUACGGUCGCAAUGGAACUCUACAAUAUCUUGAUGAUCUACAUUUCCCGUACCCCUCUAUCCGCUUUCGUCCCCAGACUGAUGAAGUUAGAUAGAAUUUCUAUACUCAAUUUUGUAUUCGCAGAUCGAAGUCCUCCAGCAAAAGGAGAAGGGUGAUUGGCGUCAGUUAUCAAUUGAUGAAAAGAAAAAUUUAUACCGUCACAGCUUUCGGAUGACCUUUGCAGAAGUUCAGGCACCACAUCCUCGCUGGAAGCUCGCAAUCGCUUGGGCCACUUUUAUUAUGUCGGGUGCAAUGCUUUACUUCUGUUUCAUGAAAUGCGUUGGUACGUUUCUCAUUUCUGGUCCACUUUCUAAUCUGCUUCUAGUUUUGGAUCUUCCGUCCUGCUCGUACGCCCAAAAGGAUUACAAAGAUGCCUUACUUUACCGUCGUUUGUAUAGCCGCGAUGGUCCCAUCGAUGGCCUUGUUUCGUCUUUUGAUUUCGAGAACAUGAGGUGGAAGUAGUUCUGCACGAAAGACUUGCAUGUACUCAGGGCUCUUUUAGACCCAUCAGUAGUCUAACAAAAGUGUCUUUUUCACUUCCGCCUUUUCAUCAUUAGUUAUGUUUUUGUUGCUGCUAAAUAAUUGUUGCGCAUACGUUAUGAUUAGUUUUCGCGAAUUCUGCCUGUUCUUUCGUUUGCUUGGCGUGGCCUGGCCACCAAAUCAGAGGCUAACCUGAUUUCGAUCCUCAAAAUCCGUUUCCCUAAAGCUGAGAAGAUAGUAGUCGAAGACGUCAGUGGUAAGUCACCCGUCCUCUCAAUCUGUUAUUGCAAAUGGUUAGGUGGCUGUGGCGCCAUGUUUCAAAUUUUCAUAAAGUCCAAGGACUUCGCGGGGAUGUCCGUCCUAGCUCAACACCGAGCCGUGAAGGAGGUCGGUUUGAUCGAUUUCUCUAAACGCGCUCUAUGUAGGCUCUUAAAAAGGAGAUCGCAGAUAUGCACGGGCUUACCUUGACGGUUGAAGAAUGA